GGUCACACUGAGCCAAUUAUCAUUUAAAACUGGACAACGCAAAAUUAUGUGGUCAGACAUUUAGCGUCGUGAGUGGCUUUGUAUGGUGUCCACGUUCCAAACGAAAACUGCUCAUGUAAACUACUUACCACAUGUUCCACCUCCAAAAGGCAACUGAAUUGUUUGUCGAAAUUUUGGUUAACAUGAAACAUUUAUCUCCAGCCGCGAAAACCCACGGUCAAGCACUAUUAUGCAGAAAAAUUAUCGCUGACUGGGAACGGAGGCUCAUAUCAUUGUCUGCGUUUAUUCAGAAGUACGAAACAAUAUCAGUAGGAUCCUUUCAAGCUACUUUCCACUACAAUACACCAAUCAUGAUGUGUGAUGAACAAUUUUCAUACCCUAAAGAAAUUAUGCAGUCUCUUGCAACACGAGUGCCAAAAAUUAUAUUGCACAGAGCUGAAGAAAUAUUUACAUCUCUGAACGGGACCUUGCAGAAAAUUGAUAAAAUCGAGGUAGAAAAUGAUGUGGAUGUUCUGAGUGAAGAAGAUUCCGUUGGAUUGAGAAAUGAUGAGGUUUACACACCAUCAACUUUUGCCAUUAUAAAGGAAGAAUGGAAGAACCCUAUGGAUUUGGUGGAAGAUGAACCUCAUUCAGACAGUGACACUUGUCAGGAUGGAAAUGAGGUCAUCAGUGUAAAAGCUGAGGAUAUCUCAGAUAUAAAAAUUGAGGAACAUCAUGUGCUAAUACCAUUUCCAGAUAUAAACGAUGAACAGGGGGUGAGUCCAUGAAAGUGUCAAUUGUCCUCAUGGGUGUCUGUCCAUCCACUUGAAAAAAGUCACUUCUGAUGAAUAAAUUUUGAAGAGUCCUGUCCAAAAUGUCUGCUGUGGAUUAUAUUCUCUUCAUAGUUGAAGAGUGUCAGUUCCAGUCAGUAUUAACACCCAUGAUAUUAAAUACUGAGAAAUCUGGAAAAUAUUUCUAUCAAAUGAUUUGUCUAUCCCUUCAAGUAUAAAAUGUGAGUUGAUGGUUGCCUGGAAAAGAGAAAUUUUGAUCCACAUAGACUGGCAAUGUUUUAUGAUGAAGACUGCAGUGUGCUCAGUAUUACUUACUAUUGUAUCUGUUAAAUGUGUGAAAUGUUAAAAACAACAUAGUAUUCAUACAUAGAAAGUGACAUUUACUUAAAAUCUAAAAGAUUGAAGAAUGCAGUGCUAGUGAAUUCCAAACCUAGCUGAUUGUAAUAUUAAUAGAAAUAUGUUAUUUCAAAAAAAUUAAAUAUGGAAGAGGUAGUCAUCUGACAGUCUCUUAAUACAGUAGUUGACUAUACAGUCUGGAAGCAGAGGAUAUCAAAUUGGAGAUGCACAUUUGACUUAAAGAGCUCCAGAAUUUCUUCAUUCAUAAUGCUGCCAUAUACUACUGUAGGGGCUAUGAUUCUUGCACUGUUUACAGUGCACCUUCCACUAAUAUAACCAUAUAAUAGGAUUAGGUAAAUAA